UUCUUCUUCUUCACCUUCAAUUUCAGAGUGUUUCAAAAAUUGAACCCUUUUUUCUUCAACUUCUAGGGUUAGGGUUUCGGCAUUAUCAUGUGAAGCCCUAGCUUCUCCGACUCUUACUACGAGACCUUCUUUUCGCGAUCCACCGUUCACUCCUCCGAUGGGAAAUUGCUGCAGAUCUCCGGCCGCUGUCGCCCGAGAGGACGUCAAAUCCAGCUUCUCCGGCCACGAUCACGGCAAGCGCGGGGGAGACUCCGCCUCCGCCGUCGGGAACAAGAAGAAGGCGCCGAUCACGGUCCUUGCCGGAGUACCAAAGGAGAACAUCGAGGACCGGUACCUGGUGGACCGCGAGCUCGGGCGCGGCGAGUUCGGCGUCACGUACCUCUGCAUCGACCGCGACACGAGGGAGCUCCUCGCCUGCAAGAGCAUCUCGAAGCGGAAGCUGAGGACCGCCGUCGACGUGGAUGAUGUGCGCCGCGAGGUUGCUAUCAUGCGCCACCUUCCGAAGAGCUCAAGCAUCGUGGCUCUCCGAGAGGCCUUCGAGGACGACAAUGCGGUGCACAUUGUGAUGGAGCUAUGCGAGGGCGGUGAGCUCUUCGACCGCAUCGUCGCCCGCGGACACUACACGGAGCGUGCCGCAGCAUCAGUCACGAGAACCAUCGUGGAGGUCGUGCAGCUCUGCCACAAGCAUGGGGUUAUCCACAGGGACCUGAAGCCCGAGAAUUUCUUGUUUGCUAACAAGAAGGAGAAUUCGCCUCUCAAGGCUAUUGAUUUUGGGCUCUCUAUAUUCUUCAAGCCAGGUGAGAGGUUCUCAGAAAUUGUUGGAAGUCCAUAUUAUAUGGCUCCAGAAGUGCUCAAGCGGAACUAUGGACCAGAAAUAGAUAUAUGGAGUGCUGGAGUAAUUCUCUAUAUCUUAUUGUGUGGUGUUCCCCCAUUUUGGGCUGAAUCUGAACAAGGAGUUGCACAGGCCAUUCUUCGAGGGCUUAUAGAUUUCAAACGGGAACCUUGGCCCAGUAUUUCUGAAAGUGCUAAAAGUCUUGUUAGGCAAAUGUUAGAACCAGACCCUAAGCUUCGUUUAACUGCCAAACAAGUGCUUGAGCAUCCCUGGCUCCUAAAUGCUAAGAAGGCUCCUAAUGUUCCUCUUGGAGAUGUUGUCAAGUCAAGGCUUAAGCAAUUUUCAAUGAUGAACAGAUUCAAAAGAAAAGCUCUUAGGGUCAUUGCUGAUUUCUUAUCCACUGAAGAAGUUGAAGACAUCAAAGAUAUGUUCAAGAAGAUGGAUACUGAUAAUGAUGGUAUUGUUUCCAUUGAAGAACUAAAAGCUGGAUUUCAAAACAAUGGGUCCCAACUUGCUGAGUCUGAAGUUCAGAUGCUUAUUGAAUCUGUGAGUGUAGGUAAUAAUGGUAAGGGAACACUAGACUACGGAGAAUUUGUUGCUGUUUCCCUUCAUUUAAAAAGGAUGGCUAAUGAUGAGCAUAUUCGCAAGGCCUUCUCCUAUUUUGACAAGGAUGGGAAUGGAUAUAUUGAACCAGAUGAGUUACGGAAUGCCUUAAUGGAAGAUGGAGCAGAUGACUGUACGGAUGUUGCAAAUGAUAUUUUCCAAGAAGUAGAUACAGACAAGGAUGGACGCAUCAGCUAUGAUGAAUUUGUAGCUAUGAUGAAAACUGGGACGGAUUGGAGAAAAGCAUCUAGGCAUUAUUCGCGUGGGAGAUUCAAUAGCUUGAGCUUAAAGUUGAUGAAAGAUGGUUCUUUAAACUUAGGAAAUGAGUAGUUGUCUUGAGUGUUUGCCUACAUUCGAUGUCUUUCCAAAUAGUGUAUUAUUCCUCCCACAUUCUGGACUUGGCUUCUUUGUGAUUGAUUAUUUGGUUCCUUAAUAGAUGGGGUCCUUUUCACCUGGUGCUGUGCGAGUCACGAAGGAAUGAGUACGCCAAAAUAUACAUGCACUUUGUUUUUUUUGUAAAACACGGUGCCUUGGAGCCAGUGGUGUGACAUGUAUGAUUCCACUCGUUUUAACCACUCCUGCCGUCUACAAUAUUGAAUCAAAACUGUUUAGUGCAGUCAGAAUAUAUUUAUCAAAAGUGAGAAUAUCUUGUAGUUUGUAUUCUGGACUCUUGAUUUCCUCAAUCUAUUCUAUCCGUCAUUGCUCCUGACA